AUGCCGGCCUCCACCCGGCCCUACGUGGGAAAAGUUAUUGCUGAACUGGAGAUUGUGCGGGAUGACGUGGUAACAGCACUGAGGCAGAUGGAGGAAGUGGUGGAGAGGCAGAAAGGGGAAUUGCAGGAAGGGAGGGAUGCCAUGGCAGGCAAUCUGGGAAAUGAGCAUUUGGACUCGCGGGGCAAUCCUUCCCACACUAACCCUUCCUCCACAUCUCCCACUCCUUCCACUCCUCCUCCUCCUCCUCCUCCUCCUCCUCCUCCUCCUCCUCCUCCUCCUCCUCCUCCUCCUCCUCCUCCUCCUCCUCCUCCUCCUCCUCCUCCUCCUGUGGUCGCCCGCUCCUCCUCCCCGGCGCCGCUGCUGUGCCAGAAGGUGGCCAUGGCGGACAUCGACGAGAUGGCAUCGAAGCACCACCCUCACCUGGUGCGGCUGCUGGGCUAUUGCGUGGACUAUGACGCGGCGGCGGAUCACAUGGAGCAGAUCGCCAUCUACGAGUUCAUGCCCAACGGGGACCUGCACCACCGCUUGCAUGGCGAUGGUGACACAGGUAAUAUCACCCCCCUGACCCUGCAGCAGCGGCUGGACAUUCUGAUAGGAGUGGCGCGUGCGCUGGAGUAUCUGCACAGCUUUGGCAUCGUGCAUCGCGACAUCAAGCCCGCCAACAUCCUCCUUGACGCCAACAUGCAGGCGAGUGCAUGUGCUGAUGGGCAUGCAGGCGAGUGCAUGCACUUAUGGGUAUCACAUGAGAAGCCAACAUCUCAUGCAGAGCCACUCAUUCGACCUGUCCUGCACACCUCUUUCUUAUCUUGUUUGAACCUCCUUUCUGCUUUCUACCCUCUCUCUCUUUCGCUCUUGCUCCGUCACUCUCUCCCCUCCUGCCUUCGUCCGUCUGCUCACUCCCCCGUCCCUCUCCCCGCCACUGCUCUCCCCAGCUUUGGAGUGGUCAUGAUGGAGCUGCUCACCUGCAAGCGUGUCGUGAUGCCAUGUGAAGAUGGAUCACACAUCCACAUCAAGGACUGGGUAGAGCAGCAGGUGGAGGGAGGGGACAUUGCGUCUGUUGUCAACAGGGGUCACAAUGCACCGCAUGCCGCGGCCUCCAAGCUAGUAGAGAUAUCUCUCUCAUGUGUUGCAGGGCUUGUAUCAAAUCGACCCAGUAUGAGCCAUGUGCUAGUUCAGCUCGAAACUCUGCGCAGAGGGCUGAUGGGUGGAAAACAGGAGAGGGCAGCCAGGCUGUUAGAUGCAGAAGUUCAACAAGCUUCAAUGGAUUCUAGGGGACUUCACGAGGAGCUUGAGAUCAUCAACGGUAUGUCUCUUGAUUGA